CUCUAUUGAAAACACGUAUAAUCUACCGAGCUAAAUGUUUACAUCCUUAAUGCACUCCAAAAUACUUUGUUAUCUUAUGCUCUAUUAAAUCCAUACGUGCCUGAAGUCCUUAAUAUCCAAUCACCAUGUGGGGUCAACGCGAAGAAUGGACAUACGGGGCAAAAAAAAAAAAAAAAAAAGCCCACCGGAAAUCCGAAAGCAAAACAGAGUCCGGCUGGCUUUCCUCUGUUUCCGAUUACGAUCAGGAAACGGAAAAGAAGGAUUAUAAAAAGAAACCGGAAACAAGAGAUUUCCUCAGUCCCAGCCCAUCACACAAAUCAAGUCUCAACCAUGGCAGCGAAUUCCUCCAAGACUCCGUGCCUCUGCUCGCCGACGAACCACCCGGGCUCGUUCCGUUGCAGCCGCCACAAGAACCAGUAUUCGCCGCCCACGUCGACGGCGGCCGGAAGUCCCUCUGUUUCUUCUUCAGUGAACUCCGUCAAGACCCAGAGCACUACUCCAUGUCUCUGCUCGCCGUCGAACCACCCGGGCUCGUUCCGUUGCAGCCGCCACAAGAACCAGUCGGCGAAUCGAAGUUCUCCGUCUUCUUCAUUGAACUCCGUCAAGACUCAGAGUAGUACUACUAUUACGUGCCUCUGCUCGCCGUCGAACCAUCCAUUGGCGUACCGCUGCAGCCUCCACAAGAAGAAGUAUCCGGCGCGCACGUCGGUGGCGGCUGGAAGUUGCUCUGUUUCUUCUUCAGCGAAUUCCGUCGUCAAGACUCAGGGUACCACGGCGUGCGCCUGCUCGCCGACGAACAAUCCGUGGUCGUACCGUUGCAGCCUCCACAAGAACCAGGGGAACGGCAGGGAAUUGGCGGCGCCGGCGCGGCAGGCGAAGGCGUUCACGUUGAGGGCGUAUCUGGGGCAGAUUAUUAAGCCGCCGAGUCGAGACGAAACGCGGCGGGUGAAUUUCCGGCCCACGCCGUCGAGGUUUUUCAAGAUGCACGCCGGCAGCGGCAGCAUAGCGGUUUCUUAAAUGAUCGCUCGUCUUUCUUUCCUGUUUAGCUAGCGAGAGUUGGAAUCAGGAUUGUAGUUGCUUUAGAUUAGUCAGUUUGAUAUGUAAAACAGGGGCAGAGUUUUCUCGAACAUAAGCUCAUUUUUUUUUUCGAGUGAGAAAUUCGACUGUGUAAGUUAUAAGUUGGGAACAGUUAUUACUAGUCUUAUUCAAAGCAAUGUGAUAUUGAAUUCAAGCUGCAUAUUCUUGGAUACGCCUAGUGUUUUUUUUCUAGAAUUUCGAUUUGGAGAGUGUUAUUAGUGGAGAUCUCCUCAUCUCAUCCUCUUUUCUUUUAACAACAAAAUGGUGUGUUACUAUUACCAAUAACCUUACCAUACCAAAAAUGAGUAAUUGACUUGUAUAGUAUAAAUUUUAGGAAUGACA